AUGGCUAACAGCAGCAUGUGCAGGAACAAUUACAGCAAUAACUACCUACGUUUUGCUGGUAAGCUGUUGUUUUUCGCUUUCUUUCUCAUUGCAAUCCCAUCGUUCCCUUCCCAAGCCCCAGAUUUCGUGAACCAAACAAUAUUCAACAAGUUUUGGGAGCUUCUUCACCUUAUGUUCAUCGGCAUUGCUGUUUCUUAUGGUCUGUUUUGUCGUAGAAGUGUUGAUGAUGGUAAUCUUGAUGAUACCCAGUCGGAUGUUUCUGGGAUGUUCCAUGCUUCAUCUAUUUUUGAAGAUGGUUUUAGUAAUUCGAUGCGCUAUAGUGGACAGGGUAAUGCAGGGAGUUUUAAUGUUAAAAACGGUGGCUUUGAAAACCCUUACGAGGAAAAUGUUGUUCAAGCUUGGAGUUCCAAGUAUUUUCAAGGGGAACCCACGGUUGUUUUGGCUCAACCAAAUUGUGGUCUUGAAAAGUAUGGUGAGUCAAGUUCUUUUGUAGAUUAUAAACCUUUGGGGUUGCCUGUUCGGAGUUUAAGAUCCAGGAUUGCAAGGCGGGCUGUUCCUGAAUUUGGGAAUGGAUCAAACGAACCUUCUGAUUCACAUAUGAAGGAUUCGUCACAAGGUUCUAAUGAGAGUAGAGAUAGGGGAUUUGGUGGUUUUGCUUCUGGAAAUUUGGAGGGGAAGUUAAAUGAGAGUGAUGUUUUACAUUUCCCGAUUACUCGGCCUUCGAGAUCUGGAAGGAGGGACGAGAGAGUUCAUAGUAAUGUCACAUAUCAGGGAUCCGAUUAUGGCUCGAGUGAAUCUUCGGGUUCUCAAAUGAAUGAUUCUUCGGAUAGUUCUAAUAAGAGUAGAGGUAACGGAUUUUGUGAUUUGGGUUCUGAAAAUUUGGAGAUAUCUAAUGAGAUUGAUGUUUUAGGUUCCCCAAAUUCUCAGCGUUUGAGAUCUGGAAGAACGAGAACGAGAGUGAGAGUUCAUAGUAAUGGAUCAAGUAAAUCUUCAGGUUCACAAAUGAAGGAUUCGUCGGAUAGUUCUAAUAAGAGUUUUGGUAAUUUGGGUUCGGGAAAUUUGGAGAAGUUUAAUGAGAGUGAUGUUUUAGGUUCCUCAAUCCCUCAGCGCUCGAGAUCUGGAAGAAGGAAAGAGAGAGUUCAUCGUAAUGUCACGAAUGAAGGAUUUGACAAUGGAUCAGGUGAAUCUUCUGCUUCUAAUAAGAGUAGAGGUGAGGCAUUUGGUGAUUUAGGUUUUGAAAAUUUGGCGAAAUUCGAUGAGAGUGAUGUUUUAGCUUCCCCGAUUCCUCCUUGUUCGAGAUCAGGAAGAAUGAGAGAGGGAUUUCAUAGUAAUGUCACCUAUAAAGGAUAUGGCAAUGGAUCAAGUGAAUCGUUUGGUUCAAAAAUGAAGGAUUGGCCGGAUAGUUCUAAUAAGAGUAUAGGUAGAGGAUUUGGUGAUUUCGGUUCUGAAAAUUCGGAGGGGGAGUCUAAUAAGAGUGAUAUAUUAGGCUCCCCGAUUCCUUGGCGCUCGAGAUCUGGAAGAAAGAGAGAGAGAGUUCAUUGUAAUGUCACUCGCCCAUCUCAUUUCAGGCCUCUCUCAGUUGAUGAAACACAAUUUGAAUCACAGUCUCUACGAUCAACGAUUUCUUUCUCUUCCCAAGUUAGUUCACAGUCGCAGUCACCAAGUGGCCUGUCUCCCUCACAUUCCAGUUCUUCAGAAUCACCAAAGUCCAAAAUGAGUGAAUCGGUGAAGGAAAGGAGUCCCUGUCAGUCUCUUCCGCCUACUUCACCAUCGGUACUGAAACCAAUGAGUAGUAAACCUUCAGUGGAUGCAUCAUAUUCCCGGCAGUAUGGUGAUGGCUCGAUGUUGGGGACCCCUGCAAGAAAAUGCUUCAAGGAUGAAUUGAAGGAAUUAUGUGACAGCAAAAAGGAAGAGUCAUUUGGUAGUAGCGAGCAGAUUUCGGGUUCCUUCAACUUUGAUGCAAAGCCUGCAGCUCCCUCUAAAGCAUCCUCGAGAGGAAAGUCAGUUCGGACCUUUAGGACUUCCAGAGCUAGUGUCAAUGCCACCAGUGCAAAGGAUGUCGGGGAGAGGCAAGAAGAUUAUACAAAGGGAAAAUCGAGAAUGGGAUACGAUGAAAUCGAAGAGGCUUACACGGUUGAAAGUGAACCAAAAAUUGAAGGCCAUAAUAAUUUCUCCAUUGGUUUAAACAGGAAGAACCUUCGAGGUGAAUCUCAUAUGCUUAAGCUUACAUCCACUGAAAACCAGAAAAAAGAAAUACAACAUCGUCCAGAGAAUCCCGCUGCAGAGCCAGGAGAAGACUCAGAGAGAGAGAAUGAUGAUUUUCACGAAAACUCGGAUGAAGAAACCAUGUCUGGGACUUUCAGCAUAGCAGGAUCAGAGGUCGAUAGGAAGGCUGGUGAGUUCAUAGCCAAGUUCAGAGAGCAGAUUAGGCUUCAGAGAGCAACAUCAGUGGAUACACCAAGAGGGCCCAACAUCACUGGUAAUUAUUUCAGGUGA